UCCAGGUUAACACACUGCAGCUUGUGGAAGAACACACUGUCGGCGUCUACCCCAAACAAAGUCAAAAGGGUUACCCGCAUUUUCUUUGUUUUCUUGGCCGGAAUAAGCGCUACCAUGUCCGGCGGCAGCUGGUGGAGCAGUGCCGCGGUGACCCACGGGCUGAUGGCUCUUUUUGCCAUGGGUUCCUGGGUUUCCGUCAACAGCCUGUGGGUCGAGCUCCCGGUGGUUGUCAAUGUGCUGCCCGAAGGGUGGAACCUGCCUGCCUACCUCUCAGUGCUGAUAGCAUUUGGGAACCUGGGUCCGAUAGCAGUGACCAUCACACACCACUGUGCUCCGGGACGUUUAAACGAACGCCUGGUGAUCCACUGUAUCCAGGUGCUGGCAGUGGUGGCGUCGGCUUUUCUGGCCGUCUUCUGGUCACACACUGUCACAAUAGCAGGAGAGGAAAGGUCGCUGCCCUUCCUGCUCUUCACCUUUGUGUUGUCUUUGGUUUGCUGCACGUCCAACGUCACCUUCCUGCCUUUCAUGUUUCGUUACCCGCCUCAGUAUAUCCGUACUUUCUUCAUUGGUCAGGGGUUCAGUGCCUUGUUCCCUUGCAUCGUGGCCUUAGGGCAAGGUGUUGGGAAGCUGGAGUGUAAAACAGUGAAUGGCACAGUGCAGCCACAGUAUUUAAAAGAGAGCUUUCCUGCCCAGAACUUCUUCUGGUUCUUGUGUGUCAUGCUGUCAGUCUCAGCUUUAAGCUUCCUGGCUUUGACACGAAGACAUACAGAGUCACAGCAAGAUACACCGCCGCAGGAGUCUGAUAAAGCAGAGGCAGCAAAGAACGGAGAGGAGACUCACCCGCUGCACAACGGAGGGACGCCGGUGUCUGAGGAGCAGGUGCAGGUGGAGGAACAGCCAUCCGCUCAGACGUUCUGGACUCCACGCAAUAUCUACAUGCUGAUGCUGCUCGCUGUUUCCAAUGCCCUCACCAACGGGGUCCUCCCAUCUGUGCAGAGCUUCUCCUGUCUGCCCUAUGGCACCAUGACCUUUCACCUCUCUGUGGUCCUGGGCAACAUCGCAAACCCCCUGGCCUGCUUUCUGGCCAUGUUUGUUGUCCUCAGGUCCUCCACAGGUCUGGGUUUCUUGUCUGUAGCAGGGGGAGUAUUUGCUGCAUAUCUCAUGGGAUUAGCAGCACUCAGCCCCUGUCCACCGCUCCUGGGAAACGCCGCUGGUGUGGCUUUAGUGGUCGUCUCCUGGAUUAUUUUCACUGGCCUCUUCUCAUAUCUGAAGGUGGUGAUUGGGACUUUGCUUCAUGAGGCGGGUCACGCUGCCCUGCUUUGGUGCGGCAUCUCCAUCCAGGCCGGCUCCCUGAUCGGAGCCCUCACCAUGUUCCCCCUCAUCAACAUCUAUCAUGUAUUUGCCAGAGCUCAGGAGUGUGUGGAUAACUGCAGUUAGCAGGAGUGAGAAAUGUAAUGUUUUAUUUUUAAUACACACACACAGCUCCCAAUCAUUCCUCCUGGGAACUGACUGUUUCAACCAUGUUUUUAGGGAAACACCAGAUCUGUUUUGGCCUCAUUUUUCUUGAGGAACUCGCCACCGAUGAGGCGUCCUCACCUCACCCAGAAGCCUCUGAGCCUGUGAAAGAAAAAACAUUCACUCAUAAUGGGAGCAUUGUGUUUCUGCACAUUGACCAAGGGGCUGCAAAAUACAUAUGAUGCAGUAAUACCACAAGUGCUUUGUGCUCGAUUUUUGUAAUUGAGGUUGUUUACAGUAGCAAAAACAGCUGAUGGAUUUUUCCCGGUACAACAGGUCAUGUGAGGUUAUUUACUCAGGAACUUAUCAUUAAUUCAAAAUCAUUAAUUUAUUCAUCCACAUUUGUUGCUAAUUAAUGUGACAUAUUUCACAGUUAGUUGCAAACUACUGUCUCAUCCCUGUUGAAAGGCAAACAGCGCUUUUGUUUUUAAUUUCAGCGACUGUUUUUAAACGUCUGGCUACCUCUUGCCUUUGAUUCCAUAUGAGCAUGAAAUACAAUUAUAUAAUUUCAUCAAAGUCUAAUACACAGUUCGGUUAUGCAGAAGUCAGUAUGAUGAAAAUUGUAUUGUAACGAUAAACAUUCUUGAUUUCGUGUCAAAGUGAAGUGUGCCUGAGAAAUGUUGAAUUUAACGAAACAGAGCUUUCAUGAAUGUCACUUUCCUUUUGUUUCUCAUAAUGUUUCAUACAGACAUUUGAUGUAAUUUACUGACAGUUAUGUUAUGCUACCUUAAGGGAACAAUAUCCUUGAUGAAUAGUGAAGUAAUGCGUUUUGGUAAACAAGGGAUUCUGUCAUGUCAACCUUUGAGGUAAUGAUUAUGUAUAUCUUUGAUAUGCUCUAAUACCUUGUAAGCUAAUUUCUUUACAGAGGAAGAAUAUCUGUUCAGUGUGCCUCAACUUUAUGGUGGCAAUCCUAACAUUUUUCAUUUAUCAGUAAUUUGUCAAGUUUUGUGCUGAUUUUAAUGUUUAAUGUUUUAAUAGUUACAUGAUUGAAAAGGUGCUCUUUCUUUUUUUUGUUGAUUUUAUGAUUUUUUUUUUUUUUUUUAAGAUUUGUUGAAAAUGUCCUGAA